UAGUUGAAUCUCUGCUUUUUAAGUCUUUCCUAUAUCUUCUACUGUUUCUGUGUCAUUUCAGAAUAUGAGAUGUUAGUGGUAUAAAGGAGUUUUUACAUCAGAUACGUCAUGAAUAUUGAUCAUCCUUUGAAGACUAAUGGAAGAUAUUAUAAAUAAUAUAUAUAACCCUGUUUCUAUUACAAAUCUAUGAUAUUCGAGAAGAUCAGAUUUGCUGUAAAUAUAGCAGUAGAAGUAUUUGAAUCAACAAAGACAUUUAUAAAGAAGAAAAGAAAAAUAUAUUUUGGGGUCGUAUACUGCAGAAGAAUAAUGAAUCCACCGGAGAUGACAAGAGAAAGAGAAAAAUUAUCAGACCAAUGUGAUAUCUGUAAAAAGACUUUUUCUAAUACAGCAAAUCUCACUGUUCACAAGUGUAUCGAUCCAAGUGGAAAGCAAUUUCACUGUGAUAUCUGUGGUAAAUCAUUCUCUAAGAAAGAUAAUCUUACUCAUCACAAAUACAUUCAUACAGGAGAGAAACCAUAUCAAUGUGGUAUUUGUGGUAAAUCAUUCUCUAAUAGGAGUAUCCUUACUUGUCACAAAUACAUUCAUACAGGAGAGAAACCAUAUCAGUGUGAUAUCUGUGAUAAAUCCUUUUCAUUAAAACGUAAUUUAAUUACUCACAAACUUACACAUACAGGUGAGAAGCCAUAUCACUGCAAUAUUUGUGGUAAAUCAUUCUCUCAUAAGAAUAGACUUACUUAUCACAAAUCAAUUCAUACAGGAGAGAAACCAUAUCACUGCAAUAUCUGUGGUAAAUCCUUUGUAGUGAGAAGUAAUUUAACUGCUCAUGAACUUACUCACACUAAUGAAAGGCCAUAUCAGUGUGAUAUCUGUGAUAAAUCAUUCUCUCAUAAAAGUAACCUUACUAGACACAAAUACAUUCAUACAGGAGAGAAAUCAUAGCACUGUGAUAUCUGUGGUAAAUCAUUCUCUCAUAAAAGUAACUUUAAUAGACACAAAUACAUUCAUACAGGAGAGAAAUCAUAGCACUGUGAUAUCUGCAGUAAAUCAUUCUGUGUAAGAUAUUAUUUGAUUAAUCAUAAGUCCACUCAUAAAGGAGACAAACUAUAUCUCAGGAAUAUACUAUAUAUACUCAUAAAUGUAUUUAUACAAGAGAGAAGACGUAUCACUGUAAGAGGUGUGGUAAAUCAUUCUCUGUGGAACAAUAUUUAACUAAUCACAAAUACAUUCAUACAGGAGAGACAUCAUAGCACUGUAAUAUCUGCAGUAAGUCAUUCUGCGUAAGAAAAUUUUUUAUCAAAAAUCCAGUUAGAUUGGGCAGAUAUUAUAUCGCUGUGAUCAUCAUCAUCGUUUAGCAUCCACUUUCCAUGCUAGCAUGGGUUGGACGGUUCAACUGGGGUGUGGGAAGCCAGAAGGCUGCACCAGGCUCCAGUCUGAUCUGGCAGUG